AUGAGAGCUCGGUCAAAGACGAAUAAAGUGUUGGAUAUUGCACUUUCCGAAGAAAAGAUUUACUUUCCUGGCGAAGUCAUUCAGGGGUCCAUCCUUGUAAAGCCCAAGAGUUCCAUGAAGGUGAAUUCGCUUUCACUAAAGUUUUCUGGGUGCUUAUUAAUUGCAGCCAAGGAUAAGGAAAGCAUGACAUUAUUUGAGCAAACAAAGACAAUACCUGUAUUGGAACCCAAGAAAGUGCUUGAAGUCAAGAAUUAUUCAUUUCCCUUCCAAUUUGUUGUACCUGAUGACUUGCCGAGCGCCAUGGAUUUUGGAAAGAACAAGAUGGCCAAGAUCAGCUACAAAUUGACCGUGAUUUUGGAUAGGCCCAUGAUGCCAGAAAGCCUGUGUCCCAAAAUCGAAUAUCCAGUCUUGGUCAUGGAAUACGUCGAUGUCACUCGAGAUAAUUUCGUGCGUCCUUCUGAAAGACAGAAGGAAGUCAUGACUUCCAAAGGAAAAUGUCACGCCAAAUUAUCUGUCCCUAGAACCGGUUUCACACGAGGCGAGACGAUCCCAGUCAAUAUUGUCGUAAACACAUUUGCAGGCUUUGUAAAAAAGGAAUCACUGGUGAUUGAAUUAGUGCGAAAAGUAAAGAUACAGUCCCCUCGAAAUACCGUGGAUGAUGAACGUGUGUUGAAAUCCAACAAAUUUGAUCUGAAUAUCAUUGGACCUUACAAUUUCUCACAGUCGAUCACCAGCCAGCUUUUGAUAAGAACAACGCCACCCAGUUUAUGUUACAAGGAGAAGAUCUUAAGGAUACAUUACAAGAUAAGAGCACAGGUCUUCACUGAGAAUAAAAAGAAACCCAAUCUUGUGCUAGAAUUGCCCAUUGUUAUUGGUACUUGGCCUAGAGCGGAUGUGCCGAUUGAUGAUGACGAUGAUGAGGAUAUCAUUCAAAAUAUGGGCGUUACCAUGAUUAGUGACGAUGAAGACGAUGACUGGAAAGAUGGAUCAGAGCUGAAAAGGCAUUCAAAUAGUUCAUUUAAUUCACCUACACUCAUUAAAACACAUAACAAUUCAAUGAUUCGACGUUCAGGUUCGAAUAAUUCGUUAGGAUCCAUUUCUUCCUGGCGAUCGCAAUCCACAUCUGCAGAUAUACGCAUCUCCUCUUCAACUGCAACCAGUCCUACAUCCAUCGCCGGUAGUAGUGUCAUUUCCAAUCAUACUAUACCCGACUAUCAACGUAAUACCCUACCUCCUGUUGGCUUUAAAAUGUCAAAUGGUUAUCUCAAUCGAUCUUCCUCCACACCCGACUUGCUUAAUCCUAUCAGUACUGCUACACAACUUACCCCACAAGCGGGCAGAACUCUCUUUGUAGAUCCAACUAAUCGAUCCUCUUACUAUGAACAAAAUGGACAUCGAUCAACCAAAUCACUUCAUUCUAUUCACCCUAAUCAACAACUACAUCAACAACAACAACAUCAACUACAUCAACAACAACAUCAACAACAACAGCAUCGAAGAAUAGGGUCUGAUGAAUUUAAUUUUGCACCAACUUCGUUUACCCUCUCACCAAACCCUGAAGUUCCCAAUCACACACUUACAUUUGUAUCUCACACUGCGCCACCGUUACCAGCACCACGUAUGGUGACACAGCACAAGACAAUGGAAUUAACACCGAUAAAGGUGGAUUCAGAUUCAGAAGAGGACGAUGAAGAUGAUUCAGAUGACGAUUUAUUCGCCAUUAUUGAAAAGAAAAAACGAAGAGACGAACGAGAAAAAAGGAGACAAAGGAUCAUGUAUACUGUUACUGAAUAA